AUGCGAUUCGUGGGCCCCGUACUCUUCGCAGUAGCCCUGGGGGUUUGCGCGGUGUUGGUGUUCGCACAUGGUGUGCGGUCGAGGGUAGUGCUUGCCCAGACUCUUGCUGGUCUUUGGUUGGGCGGCGAAUUCUUGUAUCUGGUGUGGUUGACGCAGAUAUAUCCCAAUUAUGUGUCGCCUUUGAGGCAUUUGCCGACGGUGAAGGGGAAGCAUUGGUUGUUUGGGCAUGGCAAGUUGUUCCUGCCGGGGACAGAGGAUCCCCUGAGGGAGUGGGUCACAAACAUACCGCACGAAGGAGGAUUGCUUCGGUAUUUAUGGUGGUUCAACGAUGAACGGGUUCUCAUCUCGUCCAGCAAGGCACUGGCGGAGGUACUUGUCGCCAAGAGUUAUAUCUUUCAGCGACCACAAAUCGUGAAGCGAUUCCUGUCGCCCUUUCUAGGUGUUGGUAUACUUCUCACCGAGGGAGAAGUACACAAGGUGCAGAGACGCGACCUCGCGCCAGCAUUUGCGUUCCGCCACUUGAAGGACCUGUACCCCGUGUUUUGGAGAAAAGCCCGCGAAGGAACGCAAGCCAUGACUGCCUUGGCCAACGGCGACGGCAUCGCGCAGUGGGACGCGGUGGAGUGGUCCAGUCGCUGUACUCUGGAUAUUCUUGGUGUCGCGGGUCUGGGCGUUGAGUUUGGAGCCAUUCAAGACCCGACAAACCCGCUUGUCACGGCAUACAAGAUUAUCAUGAGUAGUCAGACCUUGGCUCGCCUGCUGCUGCUGAUUGCCCUGCCCAACUGGUUCUUAUGCCGUCUUCCGCUGCAGAAAAACUAUGCUAUCAGACAGUCGAACGAGACCAUUCGUAACAUCUGCAAGGGCCUCAUCCGGGACAAGAAGAACAAGAUCGCGGCAAACAAGGAACGCACAGAUGUCGACAUCCUCUCCGUCGCUCUGGAGAGCGGCCGCUUCAGCGACGAGAACCUCGUCGACCAACUGAUGACCUUCCUCGCAGCUGGCCACGACACAACUGCAUCAGCGCUGACUUGGGCCACGUACGCCCUGUCGUGCUACCCGGAUGUCCAGAACCGUCUCCGCCAAGAAGUCCGUGGGCGACUCCCACCAGUCGACGAAGACACAGACAUUGCCGCGGCUGACAUUGACAAGAUGCCGUACCUGCAAGCCUUUUGCAACGAGGUCCUCCGCCUGUUCCCCUCUGUGCCACGAACCUCCCGCCAGGCAGUCGAGGAUACCACCAUACAAGGAGUCUUCAUUCCCAAAGGCACGACCGUCAUGCUGGCGCCGUGGGCUACCAACACGAACCCGAGCCUCUGGGGGAGCGAUGCGCGGGAGUUCAAGCCAGAGAGGUGGCUUGCUAAGGAUGCGGCGGAUAUCAAGACCGCCAGUCUCGGUGGUGCGAGCAGUGUCUAUGCGUUCAUGUCGUUUUUGCAUGGGCCAAGAAGUUGCAUUGGUGUGAAUUUUGCGAGGGCGGAGUUUGCGUGUCUGGUGGCCGCAUGGGUGGGCAGGUUUGAGUUUGACUUGGUGACUCCUGAGAUGAAGGACAGGUCCAAGUUGGUGAUUCGCCAUGGGGUUACAGCACAGCCGAAGGGUGGACUGCCCAUAAAGACGAGGAUUAUUCCAGGGUUCUGA